AUGAGUCGCCCUGCUUACCCCAGCAAGGGCAUUACCUUCGUGCGAAACGAUGCCCGAGUCUUUCGUUUCUGUCGCAGCAAGUGCCACAAGAACUUCAAGAUGAAGCGUAACCCUCGCAAGCUCAAGUGGACAAAGGCUUUCCGCAAGGCCGCCGGCAAGGAGAUGACGGUCGACUCUACUCUGCAGUUCGCCGCCCGCCGCAACGUGCCCGUCCGCUACAACCGAGACCUUAUGGCCAAGACCAUCAAGGCCAUGGAGCGUGUUUCCGAGAUCCGUCAACGUCGCGAGCGCGUCUUCUACAAGAAGCGCAUGGCUGGUAAGCGUGAGCGUGAGCUUGCCACUGCUCGCAAGCUGGUCGCCGAGAACGAGCAUCUCCUGCCCCGCAUGCGCGGCAGCGAGAAGAAGCGUCUACGCGAGUUGGGCAUGACCGAUGAGGACAUCCAGGAGAUGGAGGACAAGGAGGAGCGUGUGCAGUCCAAGGCUUUCGGUGGCGAGAAGAAGAGAGUCGCCAUUGCUCUUGAGAAUGACGACGACGAGGACGAUGAUGAGGAGGACGAGAGCGCCAUGUUCGACGAUGAAGACGACGAAGAUGACGACGACGAGGACGGCGAGGAUGAUGAUGUCGACAUGGACGCCGACUGA